AACCUUGCCACACGGCAACGUGCCAGACUCCCCGCAAACAAGCAAGGUGCGACCAUGUUUCGAAUCUUCGACCCAUAUGCGGUGGCCCUGUCCUUACUCGUGGGUGGUGUGGGGUUCUGCACGACUUUCUACUUCAACACCGAGAUUUCCGAGUGGGGAAAGGACGAGAUCGCCUAUCCCAUGAUGGCCAUGAUAUACGUUUACGCUCGAAACGCAAGGUUCUUCGAAAGCGACGAAGAAUCUUCCGCGAAAAUUCUCGGAGGCCACGGCGGCGGGGCUGCCGGCAGCGCCGGCAAAGCCGCGGAGGGGGAGGACGGGAAAUUCCAGGUGCCGUCCCCCGUGGGCGUUCCAGGGCUGGUGACAGUGAAGGGGCCACCGCUGGCGGCGCCGAAGGCAGGGUCGCUGGCGGUCGUUUUCUUCUUCGCUACCUGGUGCGACAGCUGCGAGCAGGUCUUGCCGGCCUUCCUUGCCGUGGCGGCGAGGUAUAUCGACGAAGGGAUAUCCUUUGCGGGAGUAACUCAGGAAGGGGAGGAGGAGCUCCGAUACUUUAUUGAAACGUACCAGCGCUCACUGCGACCUGUCACGCUCCUCGCGGACGAGCAAGGCGUGCUUACAGCGGGCUAUCAGAGAGAGAACCGCGCGAAGGCUAUUCCCCAUUGCUACAUCGUAAGGGGCGUGAGCGGGGACACCGGUGCAGGAGCUGGGUUUGGGGUGGUUGAGUGGCACGGGCAUCCAGCACGAUUGGAAGCGGCCUUGGGCUAUCUUAUGGACAAUGAUGAGGCGAGAGAGGACACCGUGGAGGGGGAAGGGGUUCGGACAUAGCACCUGGAGUAGCACGUUUUUUUUGUUCAUCUCUCUGGACUCAAAGCAGUAGCUGCAUUGUAUGUGUUGUCAUGGUUUCGGGAAGACCAAUGAAACAGAUGAGACCAGCAUGAAGUUUGUACCUUGUUGGGAACAGGCUGUUUGGGCAGAAGGGAAUGCUCAUUGUAGUUUACGCGCCUAGGUGACGAAAAAAUGGACGGACUGAAGGAGAAGAAUGCAUAUGGGAGAUGAAAGGGGCGUACGUUUUACGCAGAAUAUAUCGGGGCGGAGAAGAUUCCCUAUGGAGUCAUUCUGCCUGCCCCUCACUCAAAAACUUUCACGAGACGCAGAUGCUCUGGCCCUUUUGUUUUGCAGGCAUUCGUCACUGCAGGAGAACGUGCGUACCCUUUGUUCUUGAUUUUUUACGCUGUAACGCUAUGCGGUGAAGAAAUGGAAGUUGGAGAUCGUCGAGGUUGAAGGCGAUUUUGAAAUGGAAACAUAAGUUGGAGAAACGUCGUAGACAACCUGGUUGUGCAACGGUGCCUGCAAUGUCUCAUUGGUCGUUACUUUUGAAAGGGCGUUUGGCCGUGAAGGAUGCUUGGUGGCGGCAUCCAUUCGGGGAAACCGCCGACCGUUUUUCUCUCCAGAACUGGCCACUGAUCGGUGGACUUGUUGAUCGAACAGUGGGACGAUUCUGUGGAGAGAGAAAUUGAGCGUAUCGGGCCGGCAAGUAGCGGGGGCUAGUAGUGGGACUCCUGUCGAUUCCAUGCAGUGGCAAGGGUGUUCUGGUCCCAGGAACCUUGGUCAAUCUCUUGGCACGGUGGUCUUGCUGUGGGCCGUGCUUGCCAUCCUUCGCACUGUUUUGACUAAAUAGUGAUACCACGGUUUUGGGCCAAACAGAUGGCAUCCAGGGUUCGGGUGAGCUGUGCAGCAAGCAGUGUGGGUCUUGAAAAUCGUCGGGGCUUAUGGGUGUUGCCGUCGUAUCCAAUCUAAACGCCACUACCUGACGGCUCGGUUAACGUGGACACACCCACAGAGUCCACUCAGGGCGACGGCCACCCAGAGGUGUAUUGUGUGCUACUCUCUGGGGCAACGCUUGCCUGAGCUUUUUUGCUUUCCUUUCCCCCGCCCUCCCGGCCGGACCCAGUCGUUGCUGCCCAGCACGCUAAGGGUGUCGAUGUAGACGACCUUCUGCAGCCUCGCGAAAACAAGAACAUCUAGGAUGGGUCAGCGCUUUCCCGGAGCACAGGUUUCUCCUUGUCCCAUGGCUUUGAGCCUGUUUCGCUCCAAUUUGUGGUGACCUGGAUUUCACGGCAGGGAUUGUUUGGUUUCUCAGGAGUAUUUCGGAUUUCAUUUCCUGUUGGUCUGAGACACUGAAAGUCGCUUGUCUUGGAUUAUCGAGAACGCUGUCGACAGGAUCCUCUCGACCGAAUGAUCCUUGGCGAGUUCUAGCACGAAGAAAGGCAUGCAAUGUCUGUUGAUCCGACAUGCAGGGAACUAAAAAAACUUACGUUGGUUCACAUAGAUAAACAGGAGCGUCCACCAAAAGUUAGAUAUUGGCAAGCUUUGCUUCUUUUCUGCUCUUGUCCUGCAGAAGAACACAUCAACCCAACGCUUUCAGUAGGGAGAGACCAGGGUAGGCUGA